AAUACCACCAUUAGCCUUCAAAUAACCAUUAUUCCUUCAGAUUAUAUAGAUAUGUCCACAGUCACAAGAGCUCCAAGAGUGGAAGACGCUCCGAUCCCACAAUCUCCAGUUUCACCAUACCCCAUCACCGAAGAGGCGGAGGUCGUCGCCGGGUUUGGCAGAGGAUCCGCCGAGUUGGGAAUUCCAACGGCCAAUUUGCCUAUUGACCAGUUGCCGUUGCUUAAUGCCCAAAUCGACAGGACCGGGGUGUACUUCGGCUGGUGCGUUCUCAGGGCGCACCCGAAAGAGGCCGAGGCACAGAUCAAAACCAGAUCCGAUGGCAAAACCGAGGUGGAGUACAACUUUGGCAAUCAGUUAUCUAGCGAUGGGGCUUCUGGAAUUAUCUUGCCGAUGGUGGCAUCGAUCGGCUGGAAUCCGUUCUACAACAACAAGGAAAAGGCCGUGGAGUUGCACGUCAUGCACAAGUUUGAUCACAGUUUCUACGGUGCCGUCAUCAGAUUCAACAUUUUGGGCUACAUCAGGCCGGAAUUGAACUACACAACCAAGGAGGCCUUGAUAAAGGAUAUCCACACAGAUAUUGAGAUCGCGUUGGAGACCCUUGCCACGCCCGAGUACACCGCAAUGCAGCGCACUUUGCUUGAUUAAAAGAUAGGGAUGAAUGUGGAGAGGUAUAAAGGAAUUGAGGGAUAGUGACAGAGUCAAGCAAACUCGGAUGAGUGUAAUACAUUGAAUAGAACUAUGUCAGAGACUGUAGAUUCUUGGAAUUUUUGGGGUGAUGAGACAGGCUUAUGUCUGUAUCGAAUAUAACAUCAUUUGGGGAGAUAUGGGCUCAAUCCACGCCAAUUUACAGUCUCUUGAUAGCUAAUAUUGUUUAAAAGGUGCUUCAUAACAAUCUUUCACGCAGUUAAUAUUCAUUUCAAC